AUUUAAACACCGAAUAGCGAAUGUCGUCGCGGAAAGUAAAAAAUAGACAUUAUUUUUAAAUUUUAAACUAAAGUUUUUUUUUUAGUUUUAGUUUUUUUCAAUUUUUAUUUUUAUUUAAAUAUUUAUAAAUGUUUGCGUUUUAUAGUUAUUUGUUGUGUUUGUGUUUGUUGGCGGUCAGUUCUCAUGUUUUGCGGGGGAAUGACUUGUAUCAGUUGGAUAUAGUGCAUUACAAUGAUUUUCAUGACAGAUUUGAGGAGACAUCAGUCGUCUACCCAACAUGCUCAUCCAACGACAGCACCUGUCUCGGUGGAUUUGCUCGCCUCUACCAGGAAAUCCAGACUCUACUGAAGGAACGCCCAGGGGCCUUACUUCUGAACGCUGGAGACACUUUCCAGGGGACCUACUGGUAUACCCUGCUGAAAUGGAAUAUUACCCAGAGGUUCAUUAAUAUGCUACCCAAUGAUGCUCAUGCACUAGGCAACCAUGAAUUCGACGAUGGUAUACCAGGGUUGUUACCGUACAUCAAAGCGAUGAAGGCACCAGUACUCGCGGCCAACCUCAUCAGCAGCAACGAGACAGGAUUAAAUGGCUACUAUCAGCCCCAUGUGGUGGUGAAGAGAAAGGGACGGAAGAUCGGCAUCAUUGGUCUUAUAACUAAAUCUACGGAGCUCUUAUCCAACGCAGACGGGGUGACAUUUUUGGAGCCGAUCCCCGUGGUACAAAAAGAAGCGCAGUUACUGACAGACCAAGGAGUAGAUAUUAUCAUCGUUCUAUCUCACUGUGGAUUGGAAGUUGACAAACAAAUGGCGAAAAAGGUUGGAGAGAACAUAGACAUUAUAGUUGGAGGUCAUUCUCACAGUCUGCUCUGGAACGGGGAGGCGCCGAGCAAGGAAACUGUAUCAGGACCCUACCCAAUUAUGCUGGAGAGUGAAGCUAAGCCUGGACAUCAGGUUUUAGUGGUUACAGCAUCAGCUUACACCAAGUACCUUGGCAACAUGACGGCAUACUUCGACAAAUCAGGAGAACUGCGGUCUUUUGAAGGAUCACCCGUCUUCUUAAACCGGUCUAUUCCCGAAGAUCCCGAAAUCAAAGCUCUUCUCCAGCCUUAUAAGGAAGAGCUCCACCAAAUCGUGAAUGAAGUUGUUGGGUUUGCUGCAGAUGAUAUGGAGAUGGACACUUGUGCUUACCAGGAGUGUGCUCUUGGAAACUUCUUUGCAGAAGCAUUUUUGAAUAUCUCACAUGAUUUACACCCAACAACGCUACCAUCUAUUUCCUUCCUUCAAAGAUCAAUGAUGCGCAGUUCUUUACAAAAAGGAGAUAUAACAAAGGGCUCUAUAAUAAAUAUGUCACCGUUUACGAAUAGACUGGUGACUUUUGUCGUCUCUGGUGUACAUAUUGUGGAAGCUAUGGAACGAUCAGUCAUGUUCCCUUGGAGAUCAAACCCGUAUACCGGGCCGUACACACCACAUUUUUCUGGAGUGAAAGCAACCAUCAACACGACGUCACAUGAAGUGUUGGAGAUUCUCUUCAAGGUGGGAGACCACUAUGAGGAGUUUGAUGUGAACAGAGACUACCAGGUCACAACCCUGGACUUUUUGACCAGAGGAGGAAAUGGUUUUGCGAUGUUCAAAGAACACGGUCGUAAUAUGACUGUGUUAGGAGUUGACAGGGACAUUCUAGAAAAGUACGUCAGGAAAGCGUCACCCAUCGUACCUCAUCUGGACAAAAGACUUACUUUAGUUAGCUGAUAUAAAAUAAACCUUAAGUAGAUUAAAAUAAAGUAUUUU